GCCCUUUCCCGUGAUACCUAGCGCUAGGCUGUGACUGUUGCCCGGGCAACAGACGGGCCUAGCUCCCCGGCGCGGGCUACUCUGCUAGGCCAUGGGGUCGCGGGGUCUCCCGCCGCUCCUGCUGGUGCUCCUAAACUGCUACACCUCUUCGAGCACCCAGGUCAUUGCCAUCCCGGCUGCGGCCACCCCAGCAGUGACGAAGGAGGAUCUCAAUUCCACCAAGGCCACCCCCACCACUCUGCAGCCCUCCCUGUCGCCUAGGACCCCGGGAACUCCCAGGGCACCGGAGCGCUCUGGCCCCAGGCCUACCCCGGUCACGGACGUUGCUGCUCUGUGUGUCUGCGACCUGCUUCCGGCACAGUGUGAUGUCAACUGCUGUUGCGACCCUGACUGCAGCCCUGCAGAUUUCAGCAUCUUCUCUGCCUGCUCAGUCCCAGUUGUCACGGGUGACAGGCAGUUUUGUAGUCAGAAGGCAGCCUUCUACUCAAUGAAUUUGACAGCAGACCCACCUCACCGUGACUUUAAACUCAUUGAUCAGAUCAAUCCUUCCGUCUUCUGCAUCCAUAUUUCAAACUACAAGCCUGCACUGUCUUUUGCUAAUCCAGAAGUGCCUGAUGAAAACAAUUUUGACAGACUGAUGCAGACAUCAGGUGGCUUUACACUGAGUGCCGAAUCCGCUGUUCCUUCCACAGCCGCAUCAGAUGGCCCACAGCCCACUAAAUACGAGUAUGGAGCCCCUCUGCAGACUGCAGGAGCAUCUUCAGGGUCAUUUCUGAAACUGCCCUCGCCUCUCACGUCAUCUCUGUGUGCAGAUCAGAACCCCGCAGCGUUCCUGGUGAGCCAGGCCUUCGAAUGCAGCCGAAGGGUGGACAUAGAACAGUGUGAAGGAAUGGAAGCCCUCAGCAUGGCUCAUUACAGCAGCCCUGCCAUUCUGAGGGUACCUAAUUCAAUGACACAGGUCUCCAUCAAGAUCCAGUCUGUAAUGUAUCGGUCUCUGAAUCACACACUGACGCAGUUAGAAGGCCAUGGUGUCCUGCGGCCAUCUCUGGUCAGCACUGGGCAAGACAGACUCUGCAGCAACGUUGUUCUCCAGGUGAAGUACAGUCUGCUGUACACAGCCACAGGCCAGAUCCACGAAGCCGGCCUCUCCCUCGUUCUGGGGACACUGAGCAGCGCUGUGAGUCUCCUGCAGCAGAAGUUUGAGAUUCACUUUAUUCAGCAUGGCACCAAGCCUGUUCCUCUCAGCGGCAACCCUGGUUACAGGGUGGGACUCCCGCUGGCUGCUGGCUUUCAGCCUCAGAAGGGAUCUGGGAUUAUUCAGACAACGAACAGACAAGGCCAAUUUACUAUUCUUCGUAGCACGAGCCAGCAGGAUUGCCUUGCCAGCGAGGGGCUUCGCACCCCUGUGCUAUUUGGCUACAAUGUGCAGUCUGGCUGUCAGCUCAGGUUGACAGGCACCAUCCCUUGUGGGCUUCUGGCACAGAAGGUGCAGGACCUGCUGAGAGGCCAGGCCUUCCCUGACUAUGUGGCUGCCUUUGGGAACUCCCGGGCCCAGGAUGUGCAGGACUGGGUGCCUGUGCACUUUGUCACCUACUCCUCCAACAUGAAGGGCUCUUGCCAGCUUCCGGUGGCUUUGGCUAUAGAAGUGAAAUGGACUAAGUAUGGGUCCCUGCUGAACCCCCAGGCCAGGAUAGUAAAUGUCACUGCCCAGCUCGUCUCAGUUCCAGAGCCCCUCCCAGGGCCUGAGAGGACCGUGGUCAUUUCCACUGCAGUGACAUUUGUGGAUGUGUCAGCCCCUGCAGAGGCAGGCUUCCGAGCCCCACCCACCAUCAACGCCAGGCUACCCUUCAGCUUCUUCUUCCCGUUUGUGUGAUGAGCUGACCCCGCAGGAGUACCCAUCCUGAAGAUCUUCCCUUCCGCGGCAGUGCGCACCUGGGCCCUAGGCGCAAGAGGACAUGAACCUAGCUGCCGCCUCCCCUUGCUGUUACCCUUCAAGCAGCCCUCUGCUCUACUCCACUGCCUUUUAAAACUCUCAGAAACUUUACUCUGCUGGGCUGUGGUGUUGGGUCAGAUGGGUCCAGCACCCUGCACAUACAGGUCAAAGGGCACGGCCCUCUGGGAGAUGAGCGGGAACAGAGUGUGACGUGGCAGUGCAUGGAGAGCCUCCUCGUCAGUGCAUCAUCCCUGGUCUAGUGGGAGUUGUUUUCAGAAUGCCUGUUGGCAUUUGAGAGGUACAAACCAGCAAGGAGCUAUGUAAAACUGUGUGCCCACAAGGGGGUUGUAUCCCAAGAUUGUGCUAAUUACAGGGCCCUCAGGGCAGCCUUGGGACCCUGCCAUGUGCUGGCUGUAUAACUGGUGGGCUGGUGUGGGCUGCCACCGAGGAGAGAAUGUGGUGGGUGAGCCCUGGGAAGGAGAGGGCUUAUUUUACACAUUAAUUGUACAGUAACUGAAAGAGCUGCUAGUGGGUACAGAGCCAGUUUGAAGCUGAUGGUACAGCUGGAUGCUGCAGAGGAGGGACUGGGUACCAUGAUGGCUCCCCUAGGGAGGCAGCAGGAGAAGCUGGGGACAUUCUAGUAGAGAAAGGUUUUCCAGAGUGAGCUGGUUCGGGGUGCGGGCUCCAGCUCCUUUCAGGAUGUGCAUUAAGUUGGCUUUACAAGCCCAGCCUCCUUGAUCAUUUUUGAGCGACAGUGGAGUCCAGCUUGAGAAAAGGUUGGUGCGAUGAUCCCUUUGCUGCAAGCGUAGGGCGUGGACGCCAAGGAGACAGCAGUACCAGUGAAGAUGUGUCCCCAGCAUCCCGGGGUGCAAGCCAAGGCAGAGAUGGAGACUGGACUUUGCACCACAGGCUGGCUCUCUGGCCACAGCCCAGCUACUCCAGGCGGAGUGUCUGGAAGGCUAGUUCACGUCCCCGAGAAGUCCAUUCUGUUUCAACAGCUUGUUGAGCCGCUCAAUUUCUUGUUCCUAUUGUAAAAGCAGACAAACACUGGGUGGUGACCUUCUGAGCUACAUUCCCCCAGGCCCGGGGCUGCAGACAGCUAAGUGGCAUUCUGGCUGCUGAUGGGAGCGAGUGGCUUUCAAAAGGGCCCUGGGCAGCAAUAGCAGGCACAAGAUGCCCAGAGGAGGGACUGGACCUGGCUCUUGGAGGAGCCCAAGUUAAGCUGAAAGGACCAAGAAGAGGGAACUAUAGGCGUGGGGUCAACAUGGACUGGAGGGGACAGCAGUGAAACCACUCGAGUCUCACCUUCUCGGAGCAGCUGAAUUCCAGAUGCUGGAUCUUGGUGGCCAGUUGGAUAUUUAUCUGCUUUAGCCUUAAGAUCUGCCGUUCUGAGCGUGUCUUCACGGAGAUGAUGAUGCCUGGGUGGGAGGGAGGGGUUAGGGUUCAUAAAGCUCAACUUUUAAACAUGUGUGAGACAGGGGUGGGGAGUGGAUGCGUGUGCACCACAGAGUGCCUGAGGAUGACACAGUACAGCAUGCAGGAAGUCCAUCUCCUUCCACCAGGCGUGUCCUACGGCUUAAUCUCAGGUCAUCAAGCCUAGCAGCAAGUGUCAGCCCUGAGACUUGUGUUCUGAUUCACACAUAUACUUGGAGCAUGCAGAGAGAACUGUCACUGGGCAGACUCAACAAGGCAGGCAAGAUCGAUACUUCUGAGCUCAAGAGUAGGCCGCUAGGCAGUAUCUCCCUGUGGCCCGCAAGGGUGCCAACUCUAGAGGCUAGCUGUGUUCCUGUCCCUCAAGGACACGUGUCCCUAGCAGUAACUGAAAGUUGCUUGUCUUCCCUGGUCAGCGUCCAGAGUGUGAAGAUAAAACAGCCAGAAGUUAAAGCAGGGACCCACCCUGUAGCACAGCCUUGACCUGCUGACUUGGGAUAUCCUGCACAACCCCAGUGACCCACAGCUCCUGACCCGAUGGCAGUGCUGGCCCUCAGAUGCAGACCCAGAGAGGCCCAGGCGUGCAACAGUUACCUGCCCCAGCUGCAGGGGGGGUUUCUAGCCCCUCUCAGCCAAGGCACACCCUCAGGGAGCCCACUCACUGUGGCUGCACUAUGUUAUGUUUAAUAAAUCUUUUACAUCUGUC